GACAGAAAGAAAUUACACACAAGUUUCAUUUCACCAAAAAAUGGAGUUGGAUAACCACACUGCAUCCAACAAAUCUUGUCGCCCUCUUGCAAAUUUUCAUCCAAAUAUAUGGGGAGACCAAUUUCUUCACUACACCCCACACCCCAACAUGGCUGGUGACGAGCAAGUGGUGGAAGAGCUAAAAGAGGAAUUGAAAAGAGAACUCAAGGAAUUGUCGAGCCACUACAUUCCUCUACUGAAGCUGGUAGAUGCUAUACAGCGACUGGGUAUAGAGUAUCACUUCGAACAAGAGAUUGAUGAAGCUCUGCAAAAUCUCUCUCAAAAUUUCCAUGACUAUUGCAAACAAAACCCUGAUAUCUACCCCACUGCCCUAGGGUUCCGCCUUCUCAGACAGCAUGGAUACAGAGUUUCAUGCGAAAUAUUCGACAAGUUUAUGGACAAGGAAGAAGGUGGUUUGAAGGUGGUUACCAGUACUAGCAGCAAGGAGGAAGCAGCUCUGGGGAUCCUGGAGCUUCUAGAAGCUUCGUAUCUGAGAAUCCGAGACGAGCGAGUGUUGGACGAAGCCGUGGUGUGCGCUAGAAGCUAUCUGGCAUCGGCGUUGCCUAAUCUGAGCAAGCCUGCGGCGCAACAAGUUGAUUACGCAUUGCACGAGCACAGCAACCGCAGAGGAUUGAGGAGACUACAAUCCAGGCUGUAUAUAUCCAUCUAUGAGCAGUAUCCUUGCCAUCAUCAACGCUUACUCACACUUGCUAAGCUGGAUUUCAACCUGCUGCAGUCCAUGCACAAAAAGGAGUUGAGUGAGCUCUAUAGGUGGUGGAAAGGCUUUGGUCUUUCGACAAAUCUAAAGUUUGCAAGAGAUCGACUGGUUGAGACCUACUACUGGGUUCUAGCCCUUUGGUUCGAACCAAAAUACGCUGUUUCUAGAAAUAUCUCCACCAAAGUGCAGGCCCUAAUAUCUAUAGUUGACGAUGCCUUCGACGCCUACGCAACUUUUGAAGAGCUGCAGAUCUUCACUGAAGCAAUUGAGAGGUGGAGCAUUUCAAGUUUAGAUCAGCUUCCAGAAUACAUGAAAAUAAUUUACAAGGGCCUCUUGGAAGUUGGUGAAGAAAUAGAGGAGGAGAUGAAGAAACAAGGAAAACCCUAUCGCAUCGGCUAUGCGAUUGAAGCAAUCAAAGUGAUGGUUCGAGAUUACUUGGUGGAGAUCAAAUGGAGGGAGGAAAAGUACAAACCUACAAGCGAGGAGUACAUGCGAGUUGGAACAGCGAGCUGCGCCUACACAUCUCUGAUAAUCAUAUCAUUCAUAGGCAUGGAUGAUGCCACCAAAGAAGCCUUCGAUUGGGUGCUUUCUCAACCUCAUAUCGUCAAAUCUACCUUACUUAUAAGCAGGCUAAGUAAUGAUAUUGCAGGCCACGAGUUUGAGAAAGAAAGAGAGCACAUACCCUCAAUAGUUGAGUGCUACAUGGAAGAACACGAAGUAUCAAAAGCAGAGGCGGUGAGUGAAUUCAAGAUUCAGGCAGAGGAAGCAUGGAAGGAUAUAAAUGAGGCAUUCCUGAGGCCUACUGCAAUUCCAGCCCCUCUACUUUAUCCUAUUCUCAAUUUCGCCCGUGUAAUUGAGGCUAUUUACCACAAGGAAGCUGAUUGGUACACACAUGUGGGCCCUGAAAUGCAGACCUUCAUUCGACAACUUUUCAUUGACCAACUCUUUUAAUUUGUUGUUACCAAAACUAAUGUUGUAAUCUUGUACUUGUCGAGUCUAAAUUUGUAGGGUUUUAUAAGUGUGUUAUAUAUAU